AUGCCGACAAAAGUUAUACUGGCUCAUCUCAAAUGGGACAUGAUGCAAGAAUUUUAUGAUAAUAUACCUUCACGCGCAUUUGAUAAUUUCCAGUUUGUGAACUUUACAGAGAUCAUGUCUAGAAAUAUUGCCAAUAGCAGAAAGGAGACAGAGUUCGCGCUUGCAGCAUUGAUGGAAAUCCCAUCACAAUAUAAAGCAACAAUAGACCUUCAACUUUUGGGUAAACGAAGAGGAACACCAGAAAUGACUGCUCUCCCUCCACCAAUUAAAAGUCAUGGUUCAACAUAUUCAAAUCCAAAAUACUCACACUCAAGCAGCUCGGAGCAAGAUGCUGGAGUUCAUAAAAGGGCGUCAGCCAUUCCAUCAGAGAGUUCUCUAGAAGAGCAACAAGUAAAUAAAUUGAUUUACAUAUAUGGUUUCCCCUUUUUUUUUGCAGAUUUCUGAGACUUCAAACGCUCAUAGAGAUGAUGAUGAUGGAGCUGAAUCCCGUCCCUGAUACCUUCUAGACUGGUUUUUAUGGAGUUUGAUAUGUAUAUGUUUCUUAUUUUACAAAGUACAUUGUAAUUCUAAGAUAUGACAAUUUAAAUAUUUCGAAUGAUU